AUGGCUGAUUGUAGCGUACCCGUCUAUGAUUUUCAACUUCACGCCUCCGGCAACAACGAAGGUCGAAACCCUCCAACUGUCUCCUUCUCCGGCGGCGGCUCUCCCAACUCUAAAACUACCAGCGCCAAGACAAGUACCAUUGAUCAUCAUCAAGAAACUGAUGAGAACACUGCAAAGAGGCGUAGAGGCAGGCCUCAAGGAUCCAAAAACAAACCCAAACCGCCUAUUGUUGUAAAGAGGGAAAGUGAUACUUCACCUCUGAAGACGGUGGCUUUUGAAAUCUCCCCGGGUGUUGAUGUUAUCGAGAGAAUUAUCAGCUUUGCCUGUAGAAACCACGUCGGUGUUGGUAUAAUCAGCGCUUCCGGCUCCGUUUUAAACGUCUCGCUCUGCCACGUUUCUCCGCAAGAACCACAGCACUUUCUUCAGGGACCCGUUGUGUUACACUCCUUGAUCGGCUCAUUCUUCCCGGAAUACGGUACUCCGGCCUCUUCCAACGGAACACCCCAAUCAUCACCGCCGUGUCAUUCUUUUCGCAUAACUCUUGAAGGGCCACAAUUUCAACUCAUUGGAGGGAGAGUAGUCGGGCAACUGACAGCGGCAACACAAGUGGUGGUGGUGGCGGCUGUUUUGAAAAACCCUUGGUUCGUUGAUUUUCCAUGCGAAGGUGACAAUGAAGAUCAGCGUCAGCCGAAAAAAGCUCGUAACGCUAGUGGCACAACCGAGAGUUUUGCUUCUAAUGGCGUGCACAUGGGUGAUUACGGAGGAGCAAAUCCUGCUCAACCCAACUUAUCUGAACUCAUUGAUUAUGAUUGGAAGGAAAUGUUUAUAGCAGUAGCUGCUGGCUAUGGCUAA